AUGUACCGCAACUCCAUGGCGCUGAACCUGGACAUCUACGCGAUGGUGCUGGACCACCUCGACUCCCGCUCCGACAUCUCCGCGUUCAUGCGCGCGUGCAGGCUGUUCUCCACCGUGGGCGCGCGGCGCCUACUCCGCCCAGGGGUCACGAUCCGCACAAGAGCGCAUCUCGACUCUUUCUGCCGCUUCAUGCUCCGGGACCUGGACGUGCGCACCAGGUCCCUCCGCCGCCUCUUCCUCUGUAUCGAGAUCCGGCCUGUGGACGACGCGGCCGACGCGGCCGACGACGACGACGAUACUGACGACCAAGACAAAGACGACGGCAAAGAAAAAGACGACAGCAAAGAAAAAGACGACAGCAAAGAAAAAGACGACGGCAAAGAAAAAGACGACGGCAAAGACGAGGACGACAUUGACGACGAGGACGAGAACGACAAGUUCAAGCCCAAAACAGUGAAACCUGUAAAUGAGGAGAAGGAGAUGCGUAAGAGCGCGAAGCUCCUCACGAGCGUGCUGCGCCGUGCGACCGCCUUGCAGCACCUCACCAUCCACUUCUGCGAGGAGCUACUGCAGCGUGACGAGGCCCUCGUUGGCGCACUCGUCGGCCUGAAACGCGUCAAGCAUCUCACCAUCUCGUCGUACGGCAUCCGCGCACACGACGUCGUCACCGGCAUCUGCUCGCCCCUCGUGUACGUGAACGUCGACUGCCACACGAACACCGAGCACGACGUCGACCUCGCGCACACCCUCGCGCGACACCGCGACACGCUCGAGACGGUCACGGCGUGGGGCGUCAACCUCACCGCACACUUCCUCGCGCAGGACGACAAGGACCCCAGUAUCGUGUUCCCGCGUGUGCACGCGCUGAGCGUGCGCUCGUCCAUCGGGCUCGACCGCGCGGCGCUCGUGCGCACCUUCCCGAACGUGCGCACGCUGGAGGUCGCGGGCGUGCGCCUGGACGCGCGGGACCCUCCGAUAGUCAUGGGGGCGCUGCGCGCUGCGAACCUCCUCGCGGACCCGACGACGUGGGAGAAGCUCGACCAUCUGUGUGGUGACGAGGACGCGCUGUGCAUGCUUGGGAUGCCGCAGGGACACGUGCGGCGCAUGGACGUAGAGUGGGAUGUGGGCGGCUGGGCGCGGGUUGCGGGCGCGCAGUCGCUCGCGCGGCCGACGCACCUCCUCGUCCACUCUGGCUACGCGGUGGAGGAUGCAUUCAACUGGGGUGCGCUGGACGGGAUGCUCGGGAAGCGCAGUGGCGUGACGCACAUCGGGUUUGAUCUGUAUCCGCUGGGGCCGUAUGAGCUGCGGGAGACUAUGGACGAGCUCGUGCCCUUCAUGGAGGGAUCUAAGCUCGCGUUCGUCGCGCUGCGGUUGCGCGCGCAGCCGCUCGAGGAGGAGUCCCCGUACGACAAACGCGACCGACGCCACCCGGAAAUGAGCAGGUGGGCAGAUGACAUCCGGGGCUCCAAAACAUCCAAGCUCGAGGACUGGGUGGGCAAGAUGGCGGAGGCGUCGCCCGCGCUGCGAUAUGUGUCGUUCGAUCUGGAGGGGCAUCCGCCGUGCUACUUCCAGGUACUCCCGCCGGAGAAGGGUCGGGAGCUCACCGUGGGACUGCUUGACCCGCAGGAGGGGGAGGCCGUCGUGCGCAAGGAGGGCAUGGAGUGGCGGCGUCGCGAGCCGGAGCCGCCACGGUUUGAGGAGAGGAGUGUUCCUACGGCCGAGGCUGGUCCAUGGGUAUUGAGGGAUUCGCGUUCGAAUAGCCCUGUGCCGCCCUGGUCAUGUCCAGAACAUGGGUACUGA